AAAAAAAAAGGAAAAGUCGCCCAUCAUGUUCAAAAAAGACCUCCAAGCCGCCCCCAAGCAGAAACUAAAAUCCUCGGUCCAGCGGUCCCUCCGAACCUCGCUGCUGACGAGCUACCCGCUGCUCGAGCAGCACAUUGACGAGAUCAUGCCGAAAAAGGGGUCCCUCGAGUCGAUGAAGCUGCCCUCGGUCGACCGGUGCACCCUGUACGUCAUGGACGGCCAGCCCUUGUUCUGGCAGCAGGACACCAACACGCUUCUGCCUCACCUGAAGCUCGUCCACCGAUUUCCCCAGGCCUUCCCGAGCAUACGCAUCGACCGGGGGGCCAUCCGGUUCGUGCUCAGCGGCGCCACCCUCAUGGCGCCAGGCCUGACCAGCGCCGGGGGCCGGUUACCCCGUGACGACGGCCCGCCACCGGGCACGGGCCCCGGACUGGAGGACAAGCUGGACGAGGAGGAGCGGUGGUCGAGGGAGCUGGAGAAGGGGGAGCCCGUGGUCAUCCGGGCCGAGGGCAAGACCGAGGCCUGUGCGGUGGGACUGCUGGUCGCGGGCACGAGGGACGUCAAGGAAAAGGGAAAAGGUCCCGUGGUGGAGGAGGCGCACUUCCUGGGCGACGGCCUGUGGAGGCUAGCGACGGAUUGAGGUGCGGCAGAGGCGCGAGAUGAGUCUUGCAAGAACGGUCUUGCUUGUUGUACCAAUAGUCUCAAUAAGGAAGAGUGGGCUGGGGCAUAAGCAUAUUGCAUCGGCAGACAUGUAUGCGGUUCCAUACCGGGGGACUCCGAAAGCACGGUUCAGCAAGCUUUCCUGCAAGACUGCUGGGAGAUGAUCCGCUGCCAUCUACGGCCAAGACCCAUGAUCAUCCAGGAACAAACACAACCGAAAAGCUCACGUAUAUACGCAGAUCAUGCAUGAAUGAGCAUUAAAUCCAAAUGUUUAUUU